GAAGUCAGCGGUUUUUGCUAACGCACGUGCCGCGAUUACAAUUUCGAGUUUUAGUGGUUUUUCUUGUUAAUAGUCACUGAGGAUUGAAUAUUUGUGUUGGUGGUGGGUUAAUAAACACUUGAGGUGGAUCUACAUUCGAUUCUCAUCUGAUUGAACUGCGUCGUGGAUAUUCACCGGCCAACUGUCUUCAUAAAGCACGUGCCUUCCUAAACCUUGACGUUGGCGGAAUCAUCGACAAUAUCGAUGGAGCCAUAAUACCCAAAGAUUGAUUGAUUGAUUGGACAGAGCAUAGAGCGUAAACUUUACACAGAUUUUACAGUUUUUCAGGAAAUUUCUGUUAACCAUGGCUGCAGCAGCCCCCGAAGCCCCAUCUAGAUCAGCCUGUAUAUUCUGUAACAUAGUGAACAAGCUAGAAGACACAGAGAUACUGUACGAAGAUGAAGAAAUCUGCGUGUUUCGUGACAUCCGACCAGCAAGUCGGUUCCACAUUUUGACUAUUCCGAAAAGGCAUAUAGAGGACGUUAAAUCGUUAACAGCCGCUGAUAAAGACUUAGUUGAAAAGCUGCUAACCGUAGCCAAAGAGAUGUUGACCAAGAACGGCCUGACAGAAGACGUGGCCAGGUUCGGAUACCACUGGCCACCAUUCCGGAGUGUGAAGCAUCUUCACCUGCACACCAUAGCGCCGGAGAGUGAGAUGGGGUUCCUCGCCAAAAUGAUGUUCAGGAAGGAUUCUUAUUGGUUUGUUUCGCCUGAUUACGUGAUCUCAAGACUAUGACGGAACUGACGUAAAUAUUCCAAGUUUUACACAUGAGCGGUGAACAAGAAUAUCGACCAAGUUGGAAUAAGCUUGUCAUUUGAUUUUGAACCUAACGGGAAGGGAGUUAGGACCUAUUUUGCAUGUAUAAUUUAUUUGCAAUAAAAACUUGUAUUAUGUAGGUAAUAAACGUACCUAAUGGACAAUGGUUGAUUAUUAUUAUUGUAGUAGAGUAAUCGUAUUUAUUCUUAUUUAUUGUUGUUUUAUUGGGUUAGAAUAUACUAUUAAAGUUA